AUGGUUUAUAAUAAUGCAAGUUCAAGGGGAAGAAAGAAAAUUGAAGAAAAGUAUAUUCCUAUGAAUAGAAAAAGUACCAGUCUAAAAGAUCCUUUAGAAACGAAAAAUAAUAAUUAUAUAAAAAAGUUAGACACAUAUAUAAAUGAAGAAGAUAUUUCUAGUAAAAUAUUCUGUAAAGACAAAAAAAACAAAACUGAAAAUAUAAAAAAAAGGAUUAAUGAAAAGGAUACAUAUACUGAUAGAGAAGAUGAGACAUCUCAUAAUAUACAUUAUAACAAGAAUGUGAUGCAAAAAUCUAAUACAAGAGGUACGAUUAUAGAAAAUAUAUCAAAUUAUGAAAGAAACAUGGAAAUUAAUGAUAAUAUUAUUAGAAAAAUGGGUACAAAGGAUUAUAAUAACGCAAGAUUUCAGACAAUGUCUACAAAUCUUGGGCACCAUAACGUUAUAAAAAAAAUAAAUCCUAAGGUUCCUAGUAUUACAUAUAGAACUAAAUCAUACACAAAAGUAGCGAACGAGAACAAAUAUAGUAAUAAUAGCAAUAAUAAUAAUAUUAACAAUAUGUAUUAUUCAAAAAAAUUAAAUAACAAGAAACUUAGUACAGAAUAUACACAAAGUAUAGAUAAUAAUAACAUAAUUUCAAAAAAGGUAAAUAAUAAAAAAACUGCUACGGAUAAAGCACAAAGUAUAUCAAGAUAUUCCAUAAGCAAUAGUGUAAAGAAAAUUUCUAGUACAAAGGGAUAUAAUACUGACAGGUCACAAACAAUGUCUAGAUAUACUCUACAUAAUAAUAAAAAGGAGUCAAAUAAUAAUACGAAUAGAAAGCUAUAUAGUACACAUAGAGGACAAGUAACUGGAGAUAAUAGUAACAUAAAUAAUGACGUAGAAAAAAAAAAAAGAAUUAUGAGCUUAAAAAAAAAAUAUGUAAAAGAAUCUUCUACUAAUAAUAUUACAGGUAGCAAUGAAAAAAAGAAUGCACAUAAUAUAUUGAAAAAAAAUAAUACUUGUGAUUUAAACUAUCUUAAUAAAGAAUAUAAUAAUAAUAAUAAUAAUAAUAAAAAUAAUAGUAUGUAUGCACAUGCAGAAAACCUAUAUAACAUAAAUAAUAAUGAAGAUUGUAGCAGUAUACAAAUUGGAAAGGAUGAAGAAAAUGUACAAAAAAAUAUACCUGAAUUUUAUACAAUUAAUUUAGGUAGUGAAAAUAAAUAUAACGGAGAAAAUUAUAUUUUUAAAAACAGAGAUAAAAAAAUAAAACCAAAUAUAUAUAAUGAACGUAAUAAUAUGGAUUUGCUGGAACAUAAAAUAAAUGAUGAUAUGAGUUAUAAUUUUUCAGAUCAUAUAAAAGAUAUUGAAUGUUAUAUAAACCAACUAAAUGAAUCAAAUAAAUGUAAUAUAUAUAAAGAAUGUGAUCCUUUGAAAUUAACAAGUCCAGUAUAUGAUCAUGUUAAUCAUAAUAUUAUAGAAAAUAAUGAACAUUUGAAUGAAUAUGAAAAACAUAAUGAUAUAUUAACAACUUCCUAUCUAAAAUAUUACAGUCACACUAAUAAUAAUAAUGAUUAUUAUAAUGAUGAAGAUGUCCAUUUGGAUUUAGGAAAAAUGGAUAAACGUCUUUCACAUGUUAAAAAUAUCGAUAAUACUCAAAAGAAUGAAAUCAAUAAAAUAGAAACUUUUUCACAUAUAAAAAAAAAAAUAGAUGAUACUGAUGAUAGGUAUAUAGGUUAUGAGGAUAAUAGUUAUAUGAAGCAUACAAUGAAUGAUAAAGAUCAAUAUGUAAAAUAUGUACCAUAUAAUUAUAUUAUGGAGAAAGAAGAUUUAUUAAAUGAAAAGAGGGAAAAUAUUUUGGGCUCCGUUAUUUCAAAAAAUGAUGAUGUUAAAAGUGCUACGAGUAAUAAUAAUAAUAUUAAUAGUAAUAAUUACUAUUAUUAUGAUAAUAAAUAUAGUGAACAUGGAGGAGAUAGAGUUUCAUCAAAUAUAGGUUAUCCUCAUGGAAAUAAAAAUAAUAAUAUUUUCAAUUAUGUGAAUAAUAUAAAAGAUUUAUCAUCACCUUUAUACUGUAACACUAAAACAAAUAGUGCGCAUAAAUUUCAUACAGAUAAUAUUAAGAGUGAUCAAUUGAAUAAAUAUGAAGAUAAUAAUAAAAAUAAUCGUAAAUUUUUUAGUGGUAAUAUUUCAAGUAAACAAAAAGAAAAUAAUAAUUUAACGAAUUAUAAUACUCAUAGUUCUGAAUAUAGAAUAAAAAGUAUUGAGUCUAAUUUGACAAAGGAUUAUAGAAAGUCAAUGACAUAUAAUGAUAUACCUAAUUUUUUAGGUUAUAAUAUAAAUAAUGCAAAUGUUCCAAAUAGUGAUUUUGGUGAUUCACAAUAUAUUAAUCCAAACGUUUCUUAUAAGAAUAGUAUAGAAUCAAAUGAUGAUAUUCCAAAUAAUAAUAAUAAUAAUAUGGUUAAUAAUCCAAAUGAAUAUUUAGUAUAUACUAAUGAAAAACAUUAUGUUCGAAUAAAUAACAAAUUAUAUGAAAAAACAUGUGACAAUACUUAUAUUGAAGUAGAUUCUAAUUCAAAUUUUGAAUUCUUAAAUGGAAUUAAUUCUACCCAAAAUUACCCUUUUGAUAAUAUAAAGGAUAAUACAUUAUAUCAUAAUACAAAUAAAAAAGAAUAUUCUGAUUAUGUUUCUUCUUAUACUAAUAUUAAUAAAUAUGAAGAUAUAAACAUACCUAAUAAUAUGCAUGUUUCAAAAGAUGGAAAAUAUUUAUUUAAAAAUUAUUCCGUUAGUCAAAAUGUUUCAGAUGACAACAGUGUUCAGGAUAGUCUCUUUUCAAGAACAGAAAGAAGUAACAGUCAAAAUAGAUAUGAUAAAAAUGGAAUGAAUAAUAUUGAACACAAUUAUUAUAAUAAAAGUAACAGACGAGAUAUAUAUUAUUAUCAUAACCAACUAAAAAAAUUAGAAAGAUUAACACAACAAAACAUGAACAGCGGAAGAGAUCAAAGAGAUAUUCCACAAAAUGAUGAUAAUGAUUAUAAUGAAGAAAAUGAUGAUAAUGAUGAAAAUGAUGAUAAUGAUGAAAAUGAUGAUAAUGAUGAAAAUGAUUAUGAUGUUGAAAAUGAUUAUGAUGGUGAAGUUGAAGAAAAGAAAAAGGAUAACACAGAAAUAGAUAUGAAUAAACAUUUACAUUUAAAUGUUAAAAAAAAAAUUAAUCAAGAGAAAAAUGAAAACACUGGAGUAUAUAUUAAUGCUUUUAAGACUAUUAAAAAUAUGAAUGAGGUACCUUAUAGAAAUAUUAAUAAUGAUGCCAAUUAUAAUUAUAAAGUAAAAAAUAAUUAUCUAUAUAGUGAUGAAUUAGAACAAAAUAAGAAUAGGGACAUAUCCUUAAAAAAAAAUCAUCAUGGUGAUAUUUUUGAUAAUAAAACAGAAUUAAAGAGGAAAAUAUUUAAUGAAAUAAUAAAUAGUGAUACAAUAAAUAAUGAUACAAUAAAUAAUGAUACAAUAAAUAAUGAUAUAAUAAAAAAUAAUGUAAAAAAUAAUGACAUAAUGAAUAAUGAUAUAAUAAAUAAAAAUUUGAUUAAUAAUUACAAUGGAGAUAAUAGAAAUGUGUCAAAUAAUAUAUUCACACAACACAUAGAUAAUAUAGAUAAUAUAGAUAAUAGUUUUUACAAUUCUGACGAUGAAAGAAUUAAUAUAAUAGAUAAUAAUAAAAGGAUGGAUGUGAGGGAAGAUGAAAAUGAUGGAUUCAGAAAUAAUUAUUUUGUAGAAUUAGAGAAAAGAAAAAAAAAUUUGGGGAAGACAAAUAAUACUACUCCUAUAUCAUUAUCAAAAAAUGAGACAAUAAAUAACAUGAUGAUCAAUAAAAGAAAUUUCUUUAACAAUUAUAUAUCUGAUAAGGCUAGAGAUAAAAUAUUAAGAAGAGAAAUAUCAUGUAGUGUGAAUACAGUACGUAGUAGUAAAGCAAAUAACAAAACGUACAGUAAUUAUUCAUCAAAUAAUAAUAAUGAUAAUAAUAAUAAUAAUCCAUUUAUAUUAGAUAAUUCUAUAAGAAAAAGUAAUAUAAUUAUUACAACAAGUAGUAAUGCCAAGUUAAUAAAUAAUACUAUUAUUAGUAAAGGUAUAAAUAAUAAUAUUUUAAAUAUUAACUCAAAUAAGAAUAAAUCAUUAAAUAGUACUAGACCUAAUGCCCUUGGAUUAUUAUCAUCAAGAAAUGAUCUGAACUAUAUUAUGAAUAAUAAUGGUAUAUCAAAUAAUCAAAUUAAUCAACAUCUUUUGUAUAGUAACAGAAAUUAUUCUGUAAUAAAAAUACCAACUGUACAUAAGGAAAAAAGUAUCUCAAAGAUUUCACAUAAUAUAAAAUCUAAUCUUAAUUUGGAACCUAAUAUAAAAAGACCUACAAAUAUAAAAGCCCCUACAAAUAUAAAAGCACCUACAAAUUUAAAAGUACCUACAAAUAUAAAAGCACCUACAAAUUUAAAAGUACCUACAAAUUUAAAAGCACCUACAAAUUUAAAAGCACCUACAAAUUUAAAAGUACCUACAAAUUUAAAAGCACCUACAAAUUUAAAAGCACCUACAAAUAUAAAAAUAUCUACAAAUGUAAAAAUACCUACAAAUAUAAAACAACAAGAAUUUUCAAAUGUCAUCUUAAAUUCUAAAGGAAUACCCAAAUUCGACCUAUAUGAAGAUAAAUAUACAACUAUAAUUCCACCCCUACAUAGACAAUCAAAUUCAAAUUUAGCAUUUAAAAAUACUAAGCUCAACUUAAACAGUGAAAUGUAUACAGAAAAAGAACUUAUAAAAUGUAAGUCCAUUAAUAAUAGUGAUAUAUAUAAUUAUUUAAGAAAUACUUAUAACAAAACCCCGUCAAAAUUUUAUCGUACCGUAUCUUAUCGUAAUAUGAGUUUGAAGAAAAAUAAAUCCAUGUUAGAAAAUAGCAAAAAAAAACAAACCGAAAAAAAAGAAGAUAAUCUUAUGAGUACAUUUAAUUAUACAUCCGAAGUUGAUAGUAAAUAUAUUGUUAAAAAAGCUGUUGUUGUUGGUUGUAAUUAUGUGAGUGAAGAACGAAGUAGACUAUAUGGUUCUGUGAAUGAUGCAUAUGUAUUUUGUAGAGCUUUAGUAAAAUAUUUUGAUUUUUUACCCGAAAAUAUAUUAUUAUUAACUGACAGUUUACCAUCAAAUGCUUAUAUAUAUGAAGAUUUUGAUAUAAAUAGAAAAAAUUAUAUAAAUGUAGAUGAAGAAGAAAAUGUUAAAAAUAAUGAACCAUUAAAAAAGAAGAACAUUUUUGAUUUAUUUAAUACAAAUGCAUUAUAUACUACAUUAAAGAAAACUAAUGAAGAGGAACUUAAUUGUAAUUCAUGUAAAGAUGUUGAUAUUAAAAAUGUAGACAUUUCUUCUGAAAAAAUUAAUUUUAAUUUAUGGCCAACAAGAGUAAAUAUAUUAAAGGCUGUUAAUUGGCUAGUUAGAGAUUCAGUACCCUUUGGUUCUUAUGUAUUUUAUUUUGCUGGAAAAAGUGUACAAGUAGAUAAUAUGAGUGGAUGGGAAGGAGAGGGAUAUGAUGAAGCAUUUUUAUGUUCAGAUCCAUUUAAUAAAAUUUCUGAACAUAAUGUAAUAACAGCUGUUCAAUUAAAAGAUUUAUUAUUAAGUAUAAAUGAAAAUGCACAAAUGACUAUCAUUUUAGAUUGUUCAGGUGGACAAACUAUCUUAGAUCCUGCAGGAACUGAAAAUUCCUUAUCUUAUAUUAAAGGAUGCAAACAAAAAGGUAUAUGGCCUAUAACUAAUCCAACCAAUAAAGUGCAUAAAGCAAUAUAUGAUAUAACUAUACUAAACAAUACAUCGAUGAAGAAAUAUUUCUGUAGAUCAAGAUAUUCAAAAUUAAUAGAAGUUGAAUCCACAUCAGCAAUGAUAGAUCCUUUAUUACAAUCUAUAUCAUCUUUACCAGUAGCACCUAAAGCUUAUUGUUUAUGUGCGGCUACCUGGGAACAAAUUUCUAUAGAAGGAUUAUUUCCUAUCAUAGAAUUUGCUAGGGUAUCUCAGCUAAAGAAACCUGAAUCUUAUAAAACAGGUCAAGAUGAUUACCAAAAUAUGAACAAAAAGAAAAUAAGAGAAGAAAACAAAAAUGGGCAAGGUUCAAAUGGAUUAAUAAAUAAGAACAACAGUUUAUCUAAAAAAACAAAUUAUGAGAAAAAUUUCAACUUUACAUUGAAUAUGAUGAAAAUGUUUUUCAGUAAUACAAAUAAUGAAGAAAAUGAAUUACAUGAGAAAGGAAAAGUAAAUAGAUUAGGAAUUAAUGAUAAUGAUAGUGAUUAUAGUGAUAAUAAUAAUAAUAAUAAUUCUUAUUAUGAUGAUGGGGAAAAGGGUUUUAAGGAUUUUCAACAGAAUUUAAAUAAUGUAGAUCAAAAAGAUGUGAUUAAAAAUAAGAAAUUAAAAGAUAAUUAUAUCCUUGUUAGUCAUGGAGUAUUUACUUACUGUUUAAUUGAAGCUAUUAUUGAAUUUAAAGAAAAGGAAUUAAAAUAUAAUAUCCUAGAAAAAAAGAAUGAACAAUUUAUACCUAUGACAUUAAAAAAUUUAAUUAAUGUUAUUCAACAAAAAAUGCAAAAUAUAAAAUAUAAUAAAUUAAAAAAAAUAAAUCAAAAACCAGAAUUUACUAUACAUCCAGGUGCUAAUGCUACUAAUAAUAAUUAUUUUGUUCAUUAUUCAAAAAAUAUACAUUUCCAAAAUUAUAAAUGUAAUUUCAUAAAUGCAGAUUUAUCUCCUUUUUUAAAUGUAAAUAAAGCAUGGGAAGAAAUUAACAGAACUACUCUGAGAAAUAGAAAAUCUCUAUCGUUAAGUUCAACUUUAAUAAACACUGCAUCAUCCAAAUAUUUUACUCAGAAAAAUGAGCAAUUUAAAAAUUCUUAUUCGCUCAAAUAUUAA